CCAAGAAAAAAAAAUAAAAAGUUUAGCGUAUGGAAGUGCUGUUCCCAUGUUAACUAAAACAGCCCUUUCAACACUGCUAAUUCGCUUGCCGUCCCUCCAAGAACAAACCCAAAUCCUCCAAAAAUUUCAAAUUGUCUAUGAUAAAUUAUUUAAGUCUGAGAUAGUUUAUAAUAAUAGGCUUUUAGAGAUAAUUAAGACUAUUUUAGAAUAUGCUGAUUUAUUGUUUUUGAAGUAUAGAGAUAGUGAAAUUAAAAUUAAAGAUUAUUUUAAACUAGUGCGGGGCAAAACGCCCUCUACCAAAAAUCCGGAAUAUUAUGAAAAUGGAACAAUUAAGUGGAUAAAUAGCGGAGUUUUAACUAAUUUAUAUUUUUUGACGGAAUACACGUCGCCAAGUAAAUUGGUUACGGAAAAGGCGGUGAAAGAGUGUGGGCUCGCUUAUGCUCAAAUAAAUA